AAAAAUAGCAAAUUGACAGUUAAAAUUUUCUUCCUUCACUUUUUUGAUAUUUUGCGUUAAAAUUUUUGAAACAUGCACGGCCGAUAUGAAAAAUUAAAUCUAUUUAGAGUGUGCAAGCAUCAGAUAAAAUGAAAUGGCGUUUCCGAAAUUAAAUGCUGACCAAGAAAUGUCCUUGAAAGGGGUCAAUCUCUACGGACCCUCUCUGGAGUCGAAAUUCGAUGAACUAAAAUUUGAAAUACUGCACAAAAUCGACAAGGAGGUAACCGAUUCCAAAAACGCAAGAGAUUACAUCUCGCAGAAAUAUGACGAGCUCUGUAACAAAAUACAAUAUCUUACUGAGUUGGACGCUACCGUGUCGGGUUUUAGGAGCGACGUGAAAGCCAUUGAGAAACAAAUUAUGGAGCUGGCAUCUAGAGUUGAUAGCAUUGAAAAGAGAACCAUCUGUAAGGAAUGUCCGUCGCUUACACCUUCCAUGUUAGGUGUUGCUAAAUAAAUUGUUUAAAAAAAAAUACUUGUUUUUAUCUGAAAUAUCUUACUGCAGCUAGUUUGGUAAAUAUUUUUAAAACCUCUCUC